CUUCCCAUAUCCUUAAGAGUUUUGUGUUUGUUUUGACAUUUUUAGUUGCUUCAUGAAUCGGUUAACUUAAGCCAGUCGUAUUUAGGUAGCCUUACCUGUGGUUCAAGUGGUCCACGCUCUGAUUGUAGUGAAAGCUGAUGAUGGCAUAGCAGAUGUACACCUGUACCUCUUGUGUAAUUUAAAGGAGGUUAGGGAGUGUCCCUUGUCUAAAUCAUGACAGAGAGGGAUGAGGGAAUUGAAUGGCUGGGCGAACUCCUUCAAGAUGUCCAGCUUGAGCAGUUUUUCACCCGAAUUAGAGAUGAUCUACAGGUAACAAGAUUACAGCACUUUGAUCAUGUGGAACCAAGUGAUUUGGAAAAAAUUGGAAUGGGUAAGCCUGCAAUCCGUAGACUGUUGGAGGCAGUGAAGAAAAGAAAACAGCCUCAUUGGAAGCGAAAUAUUCUUACUAAACUUAUUCCUGCUGGAGGUAAACAACAUGGAACAGCUUCUAGGAAAACUUUAUCAUCUGAACAUUCGGCUGGUGGUUUGAGUCUAACCUGUUUAAUUAGUGAGAAAGAUAUUGUGCUUGCUGAAAAACUUGGAGAUGGUUCCUUUGGUGUUGUUCGGCGCGGGGAUUGGUCAACCCCAGAGGGGAGAAACAUGCGUGUUGCUGUAAAAAUUUUGAAGCAGGAUGCAUUAAACCAACCUGGUGUUUUUGAAGACUUUGUUAAAGAGGUGCAGGCAAUGCAUCAAUUGGACCAUCCAAACCUUGUGAGGUUGUAUGGUGUUGUGCUCUCCCAUCCAAUGAUGAUGAUAACUGAACUUGCACCUCUUGGAAGCCUGUUAGAUUAUUUACGAAAGCAGUGUGAACACAUUCCAAUUACGGUUCUUUGGAACUAUGCCCUUCAAGUCGCCACAGGAAUGGCGUAUUUGGAAACUAAACGCUACAUUCAUCGCGACCUUGCAUGCCGCAACGUUCUUCUAGCAUCAGUUGAUAAGAUCAAAAUUGGUGAUUUUGGUCUUAUGAGAGCUGUUCCUCAGGAAGAUGACUGCUAUGUUAUGACAGAACACAAAAAGGUGCCAUUUCCCUGGUGUGCUCCUGAAAGUUUGAAAACUAGACAGUUUAGUCAUGCCUCUGACACUUGGAUGUUUGGAGUAACUCUGUGGGAGAUGUUUACAUUUGGACAGGAACCUUGGAUUGGUUUGAAUGGAACUCAAAUUCUUAAAAAAAUUGACAGGGAAGGGGAAAGACUGCACCAACCUGAUUCAUGUCCGCCAGAAGUCUACCAAUUGAUGCUUCAGUGUUGGGCAAAGGUGCCCGCUGAUAGACCAACAUUUUCGGCUCUGCGUGAAUACCUUUCGCAGUCUAUCCCGCACAAUAUGAAAGCACUUAAUCGCUUUGAAGAGGCUGGCAAAAUGACAAUCGAGCGUGGGGACCAAAUAAUUGUAAUUGAAGGCAGAGCUGACUGCUAUUGGUGGAAAGGUCAAAAUCAAAGAACUUUUGACAUUGGUCAAUUCCCAAGGUGCAUUGUUGAUCCCUUAAGGAAAAAAUUAAGUGAGGAUAUUAGUAGUCCCCUGCAAAAUUCUUUUAUUCAUACGGGCCAUGGGGACCCAUAUGGGAAAUCAUGGGGAAGCCCUGCAUUCAUUGAUGAAGUUUACUUAAGAAACCCGAUGGAGCCCCCUGAUGUGUUGGGUAUGGCAACCAAUCCUGGCCCAACAUCUAAGUUACCUGAUAGGAAAAAGAAUAAACCUCACCAACAAGCAGAAAAAAGCAACCGCCAUUCAAAACAAUUCUCUUAUUCCAAACUUAACAGUCUGGAGACUGCCAGAGGAAGCCAAUUUGUGGUGGAAGCUGUUAGUGUGCCUCUCGGUCUUCAUUCUGGUACAAGGGAGGGAGUUCUGAUAGACAUUGGAAGCGCAUUACCCGAGUCUAUCUUAACCACCAGGUUGCCAACUGCUAAUGGUUCGUCCUUACUGGACGAACCUAUUGAUAAUAGUGUGGAAGGUGAAGAUCAGUGGACUUCUGCCGAAGAAGAGAGAUUAUAUGCCAAUUAUCCUUCUCAAGAAAUAUACCCGACAAGAGAAGCUCCACCGCCUCCUGUGCUAGAAAGUGCUGUGAAUGUCCAGAGAUCUGAAUCACCAGAUCCCUUUGACACUUCCAAUGUAUUCACCCCAAGCCGUUAUUACUCUGAUGUUUCUGAGGCUCAUAAUACCUACCUUAAUACUAAUAACUGCCAACAAGAAGCACAGGUUUCAUGGCACCAACAUGACAACCACCAAAACAGCCAAGAAGAAACACAAAUUGUAACUAGUCAAUUGGCUCUUCAAGAACCCAACCGAAUGCUUGAUCCUAAAUUUUUGGCAGAGUUAGAGAAACACUUGGGACAGAAAGAAGCAAGUGCAAACCUUAAUAAUUUAUCUACAGAAAAUUCAGAUAUUACAAAUGUAGGUAACAAGCAUUCUAUACCAGCUCUUAGGCCACCACCUCAGUCAUCCAAAGUAGUUAACAAACCUCAAGCCAAAACUUUAGCCUCACCUUCUGUACCAUCUGCAAGUGUUUCAAACCCAAAUAGCUGGCAGCCUUCCACUGUUCAGUUUCGGACUUCUUCUAGAACUGAACCUUCUGACUUUAGAGCCUCCCAAGUGCAAAGUGUGUGUUUGCCUUCAACAUCCUCUCCUGUUUGGUCAUCUGCAGGAGUUACCCAAACCUCCACCUCCACAUCAUCAUCAAAUCAUGAAAUUAAUAAUUCUGUAAAGCUUUUGAAAAGUAUGAUGUUAUCUGAAAAUUCAAUUAGUGAGUCAGGUUUGCAGAAUCUGCAUACCCUCCAUCGACAGUCGUGGCAGGUUGAUUCUCAAAUACAAGGGGGCUUGCAGGACUGUGCGCAAGCUCUGCCCUCCUUAGGAUGCGGUAGUAGUAAUGUCCAAUCAGGCUUUGAUGCUGGUGGGAGCUCUUUAAACUCUGCACUUGUGCCAGUUCCCAAUCCCAAUCCUCCAUCAUGGACAGCUGGUGCUCAGCCAGCAGGCAUUGUUUAUCCUUCUGCAGGCUCAGCAAGUGCCACUAGCUCUGACAGUGUAACAGUAUAUCAUCCUGUUGGCAUUGAUAGUCAAGACCACACAUGGAAUCUCAGUGUUGGGACUUCUGUCAGCAGCCAAGUUCAGCAGCACCCUGUUGUUUACAGUGGUUUGCCUCUUCAUGCAACUAGUCAAUCUGGAUGGACUACUUUCAGCACAGUAGACUCACCCCAACAGAAACCAAAGCAUCCCCAAUCCCUUCAGCAACAACAGCGGGCAGCUAUCAAGUCAGCUUUGGAGGCACGAAACCGUGUUCUGACAGGUGGUGCUGGUCCGUCUACUGGUGCUGCUUUGUCGGCCGCUGCCGGCCCUGCAGCCAUUGUGAGACCAAAUCAAUUGCAUCUUACUCCCCAGCAAGUCUACAGCAUAGUCCCAGCAUCACCUUCUUCAUCUCCUCGAAGCAGCACAAAAGUGGAGGUUGGUGUUUCUGGGGAGCUACGAGCUGAUAAAGUAUCUCGCCUCCAAGAUGCUGUGGGUGAUGCUCGUGAGGACGAGUGCGUUUCUGCCCUUAAUGCAACAGGCUGGGAUGUAACUGCAGCAGCUAAACGAAUUAAGGUCGACAGAUUAGACAGGCUGGGACUCGCCUCUCGACGCCUGUGUGAGCAAGCAUUAGAAAGGACCAAUUGGAAUGUGCAGGAAGCAGCAUCUACUCUUUUAGAUUCUGUCCAGAGCCAAUAACUAAAGGUAUUAUAUUUAUAACGCUCAUUCCACUUUUAUUCUGAGAAAUUGACUUUGUUUUAUGAUAGACUUGGUCUUUCAUGUUCAAAAAUUUGUAAGGUUGGAGUGUGCUAAAGUGACCUUAACCAUUUUUAUUGUUUUGUUCCUUUCCUUUGAAAACUUCUCCUUUUUAGCUGUCUUUUAAAGCUAAACAAGUGAACCAAUACUUCCCAUACAAUAUACUUCAAGUGAGGUUUAAAGGAGAUAAGUUUGUGAGGUUUUGAUAUAUUUUAUUACUUCUAUCUGUGCCAUUCAUGUCUGUAUAUUUAGAAUUGGCAAUCAAUAUUGACUGAAGUCUAUGGGUUAUGUUGAUGUUUGCUAUUCAUUAAACUCAUUAUUAACAAAAGGUCUUCUGUUACAAAUUUCAAAAUUUGAAGAAUGCUGUUUCAUUUACAGACCUGAGAGUUAAGUGUUCCUUGUGUAAUUUUGAACCGUACAGUUUGAAACCUCUAUCAUACAUAGGUCGUUCAUGUUUUUUGACGGUUUCGUUUUGUAUUUGUUGUGUCAAAUAUUUUUACUUAAUUGACGUCUUCCAGUACUAUGUUUGCGCGUUAUGUACAAGAUAUUACAAAUCUGUCAUUGUCUUCUCCCUCUUUUUUUUUGUGGUAUAGUACUGUAUUUUUCUCUGUUGUCUAUUUUUUUUUAAUCUCUCAAAUACUGUGGUAUGAUUGAGUAUUUCUAUCUCUUUUCAAUUUAUAAGGCAGCAAUUAUUUUAACCAACCAUUUUUGUUGUUGGUAUUAAAAUAAAUAGUAUAGUUUUAUCUUUUAUUUUUCCUUUCAUGUGAAAAGUAGUGAAUAAUAAGUAAAGUAAUGCAUUCUUCAACACCCUCAGUAUUUUAUAAUAAACAAGGUUCUAAGGGGACCUCAUAAAAGCCUGUGAUAUUUAAAAUCUGCGCGUAUUGGGCUUGUUUACUAUUUGCUUGAUCAAAAAUUAUGCUCUCUUUGAAAAUACUAGUUACAGUAUUAUAUACUCAUACUUAACUUUCCUAACCACACUUGACAUCAUAGGUAUGCAGAAUCUGUCUGUAUUAGAGUCAAAUUUUGAUGGAAGAGCAAUGUGAAUCUAAAUGAUUUUCUAAAGAGGAAACCCAAGGAGUUGAAAUCCUCUAUAAGUGUCUUACAGUAUUUCUUUACUUGUACCUUGGUAGUGUUAAUAAAUCAGCAUUGUUUCUUGUUUGCAUAAUUGAGGUGUCUUAGUCUGUUUACAAUCAAUGUUGAUUGAUAUUUUGUAUGAUUGCUGUUUCCAAACUGUCCAAAUGUCUGAUUUCUUUGUUCAUGUGCCAAACUGUGAUAUGUAAUUGUUAGGGAGAGCUAUAGUGAAGACAAGUGUCUCAUGGUAAGCUGUUUUUCUUCUGCUGAUGUCUGCAGAUAAAAUAUUUUUGUCUCACCAUAAUUCUUUAUUAUUUAGUAUUUUAUAUUAUUUCUAAACCAAAGUUUACCCUAGCGUACACUUUGUAAUUAUUUUCCUAGAUGUGAGAUGAAUGCAUAUUCAAAAAUAAUUUGGAUAGAUAUUUUUGCGAUUGAAAGGCUGUGAGAUGCAUCCGAAAAAGGUAGUCUACUUCCAAGUGUGUCACUAUUACAUUGGAAGAACAAAUUGCUUUUCAAAGUACUCUUUUCUAUGUUAUUUAACGUUUGAAGUCUACAGAAAUUUUAAUGUAAAAUACUAUUUUUUUGUAUGAAGCCUUGAUUUGUGACUUUUCAAAAACAUGAUAUCUAACUAAGAAAAUGAUAUUAAAACCCAAACAUAUUUUGAGUGCCUUCCCUUAACAUUAUUCUAUAACUCUGUUGUGAGUUGUGAAUUCUUUGGUGGGCACUGCAAAAGCUAGUUAAAGGUUUAUCCUAUUGUAUUCUAUUGUCUAACUUCUAAGUCAAUGGUAUUACCUGCGCCAAUUAUCAUGGAAAAUCACUUUUUAAAUUUCAUUUGUUUUGUUUGAAAGACAUGACCUAACUUAAAUUAAUUGCAUGUGUCAGCCAGUUAAAAUUGUGUUUAUGUAAGGUAAUACUUCUAUUAGCCGUGAAGUUGUGGGUGUUAAACAGCCUUCCAAAUCUGUCUUUAUGUAGAUUUUUGGACAAACCAGUUCUCUUGGCCUUUGGUGCCCUUUGCCUGUGUGGUGUUCUUGGUAUAACAUUACUGCCAAGAUGUAACUCCUUAAGUUAGUUUUAAUUUAGCAUUGACUAUAUAGGAUCUUCGAAUAAAUUUAAAGACAUACAAGUAA